AUUUUGAUCUGUGAUUAUGAUUCAUUGAUUAAUUAUUCAUUCAUUAUGAUUUCUUAAAUUUCUAUUCCAACGUACAUUUUUUUUAUACAUACUUGUUAUAUUUGUAAAUUUUAUACCUCGAAUAUAAAAAUAAGAAAGCAGUAGAAGGGUAUCUCUUAGAUACUCAGUUAAAGAAAUGGAAAAGUGGAAAAUAAUUGUUCUCUUAUUAGCUGCUUUUGCAUGUGAAGGAGUUUUUGCUAAUUGUACCAUACCCAAAAUCAUGCGAGGAGCAUGGUUCUCUUGGGAAAAACAGAAUACCAUGACUGAAAUGGACCCAGAGUAUCUGAUGAGGAGAGGUGAAAAAAUGAAAUGCAUUGAUAUGAGAGCGAGCUAUAAUGUCAACUACACAAUGGUAUUCAGGGAAAGUACAGAGUGCUUCAAGUGUAUAAAGUUUUUAGUUCGAACUUUAAAUGUAUUAGAAAAAAUGGAAACACCUUGUAUCAAUAUACCAGAGCAUCAAGCAACAGUAGAAUAUGUUUGUAAAGACUUAGAUCCUCAUCAAACAAUCAUUACUUUGUUCUCUGAGACUUAUGUCCCAGUCAAUUGUCGUUCAUCUUUGGAAGGGGUUUGGAAUUUUGCUUACCAGAAUCGUUUCAAAUUUACGGGUGAAUGCAAACAUCCUGAUGCACAAAUCAGGUCGUGUCAGACUGCUGGAACUCAGUUCUUCAUCACAAAUCAAAGAUUCAAUAUAACCUACAAAAAAUGUGAGGGAAUGACGGGAACAUUCGAUGGAGUUGUAGAAUUUGCGUGUUUAGGGGAUUGGUUUGUUGGGAAAAACCAUUAUUUUGCUGUUGCAAAUACUAAGGAAUCUAGGAAAGACGAGAAGUAUAGGUGCUUUUUGAAAAAUAGGGACGACGAUUUGUUUCUUGGUGUGUCUAUCACAGCAGAAUGUAAUACGUUGAAAACUGUUGAAAAGAGUCCUGAAAGAUUACAUGUAACACCAGUGAAAGCAGAAGUUGUCGAUGCCGCCUGUCGGUUGCCCCAAAAUUUUACAGGAGAAUGGAUUAACACUGCUAAUAUCGAUGCAGAUGUUUAUAUCAAUGAAACUCACAUCAUUGAAACUUAUUACCCUGAUGAGGGUCGAUACAGGAGAACUAUUUAUGCUUGCCGGGAAAUUAGAGAUUCAAGGGUGAUGAUGGCUAGGCUUACCGUGGAUGGAUGUCAAAAAGAUUAUGUGUGUUUCGACUUUGUGCCGCAACAUCAUAACAUAAUAAGGUACAGGAAAGGUGUGGCUGUUAUCAAAGACGAUUACAGUACGGUUUGUUCGUGGGUUCAAUUCCCUAACAAGGAAAAAUGGAAGUACGAGCUGUUCCUGAAGAAAAAUCCUGUACCUAUCAGAUGUCCGGUUGCCGGAAAAUUCAAUUUUACACAAAAAGGAGACAUUCCUUUCCAAACAAGAAUUUUGGGUGGUGUUACCCAGAGUCCUCGUCCGGAGAUUUAUUGUAAAGAGUACAUAUCCGAUUUGUCUGUAUGCGAUACAGAACAGAAAGAAAUGGCUAUAGAUGAAAGUUAUUGUUUGUCAGUUGACCAUUUGGGAAGACCUGUUGACAUUUACAGUGACCCAGAUUACAAAAUGAAAUGCAUCGGUUACUGGAAAGAGAACCUCAAAUCUUACCUUAUCACUUACGAUGAACUCGAUCCAUUCUCAAAGUACAAAUGUUGGGUGUAUCAGAGGGCCGAUUUGAACAAAGUCCUCAUGUCUCAAGCAAUUGGACCUUUCUGUGAUUUAAACCAAGAUGUUAGGUCCUACAACUAUACUGAAGGUGCUGCGGUAGCAAUCGAAAUGACGGAGUAUGAGAGAGAACGUGAUGCUUGUCCGAUGCACUUUGAUGACGGUAGUAAUCCGUGGUUAGAAACUGAUAAUGCUAUUAUCGUGUUCAAUUUUGGCCUCAAAGGAUCUAGUUCAAGUCUGUGCAGCUCCUUUAUUUUGACUUUGGGUUCUAUAUUGACAGUUGUUGGUUACAGGUUCUAAGAGGUUCAACUAAAAUUUUGUUGUCGUUCAUGUGUUGUGAAAAAAUAGGACAAUUUAUUUCGAACAUUUGGAUAUGUACCUGCCUGAAUGAGCUUUAAUGUUAAGAACAUAAGAUGUAUUUUUUAAAAAUUGACUGAGAAUUCAUUUGAUGCAUUCUCAAUAUGAAAACGUUACAUCAUUUUUAAACUGUCUUAAUUAGCAUGAAUGAUGAUUAUUUCCUUUGCAAAUUGUCUUUGAAAGGAAAGUUUUAUUCCGUCCUUGGAAAAAAAUUAUAACCAGAUAUUGUUAUCAUGUUUUUGAAUUUUUUUCAGCAAUUUGAGUUUAAUGUAGACAUUUAUCUUGAUCCGUCCAGUAAUAAAUUUAUAUUUUUAUAAUUUCAUAUGUACUUCAAGGAAUAAAGUUUUUAAGUAUU